UACGCUACCUUCUGACCUUUGUAUAGCUAUAAUUUCGUGAUUCACCUGUGCGGUGCGGUACGGUACGGUACCGGUAUCUCAUAUUUUUACCUGGGGAAAAUAUCAAAAACCAAUGCUCAAGUUAAAUUCUAUUAGCAGUUUAUGAACCAAUAGGUAUAACGUUAGACUACGAUAAGCUAGUGUACCAACACACUGGUCAGCUGGUCUAAAGUUCUACAACGAAACCUGACAGUACGCUACUGCCUGACUGUAGUGCUGUAGUGCGGUAGUCUACCUACAAUCUGAAAAUACUGCAAUAGUAAAACUGCAUGUAAAAGUCAGUUUUAUGUACCGACCUAGUUUUUACAAGUUUACAAGCUUUUGAAGUUGAAGUCAUGGCCAGUGCAGAAUCAAAUCUUGCAGAGAACUAUUAUUCCUUCAUUAAGAAAUUUUCUAGCAAGCAAUGGUGGGAAUUCAUUCGAAUACUGGGGUUACCAGAGACUGACAUCGACGAAUUAUUUUAUGAUUCAAAUGAUUUGACUGAACAGAAAUACCAGAUGUUAUCUCGCUGGAAAAGUUACUAUGGAUACAAGAAGAGAGAUGAUGAGGUGAUUGAAUGUUUGGAUUUAGCCUGGAGAGAAGUGAUGGGAAAUGUUAGUCCUCAACUUCUAAAUCAAAAACUUCAGGGUUCUCUGCAAGAAAAUCGAUAUAUUGCGAAAAAAUUUUAUGAAGUUAUGCGGAAUAUCCAUAAAGAACAGAGAAAUCACUUUGUUAAGACGAAACUUAAGGUUUCAGACACGGAAAUUGCAUCAAUCAUGGCAGAUUACAGUAAUGAUGUAGAUGAGCAGUGUUUCCAAAUGUUCAUGACAUGGAAAAGAAAAUCAAUGUUGCAAAGAUAUGCUGAAAUCAGUAAUGAAAUCGAAAAACUUUUAGAUGAGUUUUUAGAUAGAAAUGGUGGUCCAAAUGAAGCAAGAGGAGGCCCAGAAAGGCAUCAACAAGUAUCGUCUGAUACUGGACGAGGAGGCAGAAGUUUUCAACAUAAUGAACUUCAUCAGCAACCUUCUGGACCUGGAUGAUUAAUCUGUGUUGCGAAACACUUAUCAGCAGCAUCAAAUGGUAGACUGUGGAUAUCGUGCCUGAAGACUUAGCUAAAGUUUUUGAUGAUCUGACAUAAAUCUUUCUCUGUACCUUGUUUUGAUCAAUUUAAAUUCAAUUAUUAUUUUAUUUUUACAAACUUUUUAGUAAUCCCUAUGCCCAGUAGUAUCAUAAAUGUUAUAAUUUGAGUUUGGAAACUCAAUUAUGUUGUGGUGCUUCUGUAGGAAAUCAAAGAUAUGUUAUAUCUGUCUAUUGAUCUAUUUAAUUCCACUGAUUGUCUUUGUCCAACAUUUAUGUGCUUUAUUUUUCCCACUUUCAGAUAAUUAUUUAUAACAGUAACUGAACUUCUCGAUCUUAUUAAUUAGAUCCUUGGGUGUCACUGCUCAAUAACCAGCUUUGGUUCCUCGCCACUUCCCUUCCCAAGUUGAAAUGUGUGAUUAUCUUUUCUCUUCGUAUUUUUGUGUAAAACUCACAUUUUAACUUGAAUUUACAUGGAGUCAUAAAAGUCAUGUGUUACAAUAUUCCGUUAGUCUCCAUCCCUCUUGAAUAUUGGAUAUAUAAUUGUCGAGUUAAAACACUUCAAGUUAAACAUUACCAGAAUUCAGAAGUUGCGUCAGGAGUACCUCCAUUUGCUUUGAUAUUAUGAUACCCUUCUUUUGUACACCUGCAUGUGUAAUCCAUUACUAUGUUCUCUGUGAUAUUUAGCUUUCACGUGUAUUUUUUUUUGUCUAAUUCCUUUGUUGAUUUUGGUUAGCAGCAAGCACUUCAAUAUGCUUUAGUUCCAUGUACCUUUUUAUAUUAAUUGUGUAUUUUAUUUCUAUCAAAUUCUGCAUAUGUAUAUCCAACUUUGCAGCACAGGCAGUGUGAUCGUGUUUAGAGCAAUUUAUUACAGGUUUUAUCAAUUUUGUUUGGUCAGCAUGGUGUCAAUGUUGUCUAUUCACUAUGCAUUAGUACACUAUUUUCCAUGUACAGAUGGAUGGCCGGCGUAAGCGCGAUAGAAGCCAAACGCAUUGAAACAUUAUACAAAAUACAACAAGAACUCAAGUGACGCGUGUAUUAAUGCAAGUUAUAAAAGAACGUUUACUUGUAUCGGUACAUCAACUGGUAAAAUAAAUAUGUUACUGGGGCCCACCAAUAGAUGGUUUUCAUAUAGUGUGUUUCUAUUACUGCUAGCGGGCAGUGGUUCACUAACUUGAAUUAUUGGUCAAGACCUAACCGGGGGGCGCACAUAGUAAGUUUGCCCAUCUGCUUUAUCUGUUUAUCGUAGAACUAUUGGCUGGAUCAAUUCCUGUAUAUUUGCCUUUUUGGAUUACAUUUAAUAAUAACUGGAGAUUCUGUUAACUUGGAUUAAAAUAUCAUUUAAAACAACAA